GCUUGAAGAGACGUGUUGGGGCCGGGUUUGGCCCUCGUGAACUCUGACCCAAGCGGGUGGAUUUCUCUUUCCGGGACAAGAUGGCGCCGUCCACGCCGCUUCUGACAGUCCGAGGAUCAGAAGGACUGUACAUGUUAAAUGGACCACCACAUUUUACAGAAAGCACUGUGUUUCCAAGGGAAUCUGGGAAAAAUUGCAAAGUCUAUACUUUUAGUAAGGAUGGCACCUUGUUUGCCUGGGGCAACGGAGAAAAAAUAAAUGUUAUCAAUGUCACUAACAAGGGACUUCUGCACUCCUUCGACCUCCCAAAGGCAGUUUGCCUUGAGUUCUCACCAAAAAACACUGUCCUGGCAACGUGGCAACCUUACACUACUUCUAAAGAUGGCACAGCUGGGAUACCCAACCUACAACUUUAUGAUGUGAAAACUGGUACAUGUUUGAAGUCUUUCAUCCAGAAAAAAAUGCAAAAUUGGUGUCCAUCUUGGUCAGAAGAUGAAACUGUCUGCGCCCGAAAUGUUAACAACGAAGUUCACUUCUUUGAGAACAACAAUUUUAACACAAUUGCAAAUAAAUUGCAUUUGCAAAAAAUUAAUGAUUUUGUGUUAUCGCCUGGACCCCAACCAUAUAAGGUGGCUGUCUAUGUUCCGGGAAGUAAGGGUGCACCUUCAUUUGUUAGAUUGUAUCAGUACCCUAAUUUUGAUGGACCUCAUGCAGCUUUAGCUAAUAAAAGUUUCUUUAAAGCUGAUAAGGUUACAAUGCUAUGGAAUAAAAAAGCUACUGCUGUGUUAGUAAUAGCUAGUACAGAUGUUGACAAAACAGGAGCGUCCUACUAUGGGGAACAAACACUGCACUACAUUGCAGCGAAUGGAGAAAGUGCUGUUGUGCAAUUGCCAAAAAAUGGCCCCAUUUAUGAUGUUGUUUGGAAUUCUAGUUCUACUGAGUUUUGUGCUGUUUAUGGUUUUAUGCCUGCCAAAGCAACAAUUUUCAACUUGAAAUGUGAUCCUGUGUUUGACUUUGGAACUGGUCCCCGUAAUGCUGCCUACUAUAGCCCACAUGGACAUAUACUAGUACUGGCUGGAUUUGGAAAUCUGAGGGGACAAAUGGAAGUAUGGGAUGUUAAAAACUACAAACUUAUUUCUAAACCAGUAGCCUCUGAUUCUACCUAUUUUGCUUGGUGCCCUGAUGGUGAGCAUAUCUUAACAGCCACGUGUGCUCCCAGGUUACGUGUUAAUAACGGGUACAAAAUUUGGCAUUAUACUGGCUCUGUCUUGCACAAGUAUGAUGUCCCGUCAAAUGGAGAAUUAUGGCAGGUUUCUUGGCAGCCAUUUUUAGAUGGAAUAUUUCCAGUAAAAGCAAUAACUUACCAAGCAGUUCCAAGUGAUGUACCCAGUGAAGAACCUAAAGCUGCAACAGCUUACAGACCCCCAGCUUUAAGAAAUAAGCCAAUCACCAAUUCCAAACUGCAUGAGGAGGAACCACCUCAGAAUAUGAAACCACAAGCAGGAAGUGAUAAGCCAUUAUCAAAAACAGCCCUUAAAAAUCAAAGGAAGCAUGAGGCUAAGAAAGCUGCGAAACAGGAAGCAAGAAAUGAGAAGAGUCCAGAUUUGGCACCUACUCCUGCCCCACAGAGCACACCACGAAAUACUGUCUCACAAUCAACCUCUGGAGACCCUGAAGUAGACAAAAAAAUCAAGAACCUAAAGAAGAAACUGAAAGCAAUCGAACAACUGAAAGAACAAGCAGCAGCUGGGAAACAGCUAGAAAAAAAUCAGUUGGAGAAAAUUCAAAAAGAGAAAGCCCUUAUCCAGGAGCUGGAAGAUUUGGAAUUGGGCGUUUAAAGAUUCACAGAAAGCAAGUUCUUACCAGAAAUCAGCAAACACAUUUUCUGUUAAACCCAUUGGUGGACAUGAAAUAUCCAUGUGCCCACAUUUAAUGUUCAUCUAUAAUUUUAACCAUUUAUCCAAGAUUCUGCAUAUGUUUGAAAUUAUUUAAUAAUGUCUGUUAAAUUGAUUUUUACAACCUGCAUCCUUUAUCAUGUCAACACAUGAUACAGAAAAGAAACACAUGAAUUUUUUAAUAAGUUUGAAAGAUUGAAAGACAAUGUCAUUGGUUUUUUAUUAGGGGACAGUAUUUACCAUACAUGUGAAUAAAAACAUUUAAAUUUAA